AUGGCUGAAAUAUCAAGGCAACAGAAGAGGCCAACGGCUUAUGUCAAUGAGGUGUAUAAGAGAAAAACUUAUGAUAUGGCUUAUAGCAAUUACAUUUCACCAAUGCCAAGCCAACAAUUAUGGAGGAAAUCAAGUCAUAGGCCAAUUAAACCCCCAUUGUAUUACAAACAGAGUGGUAGGCCAAAGAAGGCAGGGACUAGACCCAUUGAUGAGAUCCCAAAAGGUGCUAGUAAGCUUAGAAGAUAUGGAAUUGUAAUCCAUUGCUCAGUACGUAGAGGAGAAGACCAUAAUGCUACUAAUUGUGGAAGGGCAAAUGGCAAUAUGGGAAGAGGCAGAGGGAGAGGCAAAGGGAGAGGAAGAGGAACCAACUCAGUCCAUCAAUCUGAAGAGGAACUCCAAUGUAGACAAACAAAGUUACAGACAAUUGGAGGAGGUUUGACAAGGAUUGUAGCUACUGCAAGCCAAACAGCUCCAACCAAUGUUGCUAGCCAAGCAAGUCGAACCAAUGUUGCUUCACAACCAGCUUCAUGCAAUUUAGCUUCACAAGCAGGUCCAAACAAUUUUGAUUCACAACCACAAUCUGUUGUUACCACUCAAAAUACUAGCAGGCCACAAGGAAAAAUGUUCUAA